UGGACGGGCAAGGCAGUUGAAUCCCGCCAAAGCCUGGAGAACGGGAUAUGUCAAAACAGCCGCACGUGUUGCUCUCGCUGCUCGCCCCGAUUUUUUCAUUCUCUUUUCAUUCGAGAAGCAUCAGCCAAUCCGAAUCUCGCACUCAAUCCCUGAGCUUCGGUUUGUCUGCCACGUCGUCGCGUUCGCUUCGCUUCGCGCAAGUAAACACCACGUAUUGUAUGUACCAAGGUCAUGAGAAUGCCCAAAAAUGGAGACCGAUUGUUUGACAGAUCCGCGACGUGGGGUACGUGGGAGAUGCCUCGAGACAGAAGCGUCACGGCAUGGGGAGACUGUCUAAAGACCGGAGAUGUGGCAUUCGCGAGUUUCUGGAACCUCGCUAUCGUCCAUGGAUAUCAAGCUUUUUUUCUUACUCACCUACCUAGACCGGAUAGCUGGGUCAGAUCAGACACCCAUGAUAAGAGCGCUGCACUGUAAAUCAUCCAUCACGCAAACCUUGGGGGCCCUUGUCUAUCGUCGCAUGAUUCACCCUUCACUGCCUUAACAUCACUGUUACCUACCUAACGCAGGCAGAUGAGAGAAUUAAAGGUGCUCGCAAGGACCCCACACGUCGGCCAAUCUAAUUCUUAUCAAUCAACCAUAAGGGUCUUCCCAUUCCGAAAGGUCCCCUACUUGCGACCUUCUCAAAUCUCUCGCACCUCUUAUCACCAACCGUUUCACAAUCCAUGGCUCAACGGUCGGUACAUACAUGCAAAUUCCGGAAGAGAGAGAGAAAAGAAAAAAAGUUCCCUUCCCAAAAAGGGUUGCGCGAGAUUAAAAACAAGAAAAGAUGAACGAGUCGGGAUGAAACUUGGCAUUGAAAAAACUGACUGUUCUCGGAGGGACUCGAUGCAUGUCAUGCAGCGUCUUUUCUUCACAUGCGGCCAGGAUCCAAACCGGUCAGUGUGAUGAGCUAGGGAUGCCGAUGCCCCUUCUCACCGAUCAGAUGGUGAUUUCGUCUUGCCCUGGCUAGAAAGAGCAUUCAACAGCCGCCGAGACUUGUGACCCGAACCCGAAUCCCGCAUUCGGUGGGUGUCAUCACGUCAAAAUCUCUAACUACAGCGCGAGCAAGGAUGGCGGGGUAUCGGGAACGGAGGACGGAGAUUGAACAUACCAACAUAAUACAUCAUGAUACGCAUCGGGUCGGGGUCAAGACAAGCUAAGGCCAUCAUCAUGGUUGCUAUUACACUCUGAAACUAUCUCGGGUGCUAUCUCGCCAUGUUAUCACCCCAAAUCAUCAUCUUGAUAGCCUUUGGCUGGGCGAUAGAGAUCAACUCAAUCUUCCCACGUGCUCUGGACCCCACGACAUCUGAUGAUUCCGACCUUGGCUCAGGCGUGGGAUGAUCUUCCGAGAAGAAGCAUUACGUUCCGAAUAGACGGUAUCUGGCUGCCUUGAAGGAUUUCGAGGGGGCCAUAUUUCAGCAUGCAGAUUGAGUUAGGGUUGCGACUGCGACCACUUCAACACCAUCAUACGUUGGCUCGCAUACAUAAUGCCAGUUGUGAAUGCUCCGGGAUCGUAUGUACAUACAAACGCCGCCGAGAUUGAAAGUAAAGUAAAGUUGCUGCGCCUGAAAGCCCCGAAAGUACCACCAUGAGGCCAUCUACCCCACAGCAAGGCUCACCGGUAUGGAGUAUGGAGAGUCCAAUUGCAACGCAGUGCCAACAUGCAGCAUGCAGCGUGGCAGGGCUGCUGACACACCUGCUCUAUUGGAGCCAUUGGAUGGUGAUGCAUCCUGCAUUGCAUCCAUAUAUCGACACACAGACAGACAGCACCCGCAUCCGAUGAACCGAGGUGCAGGUAAUGAAUGCCUUGGUCCCCUCAAUUGUGUGUGCAUUAUGUGACGGUCAUGAUUUGCAAUUGUCAGAGGGAGGCAAACCUUGAUCCCCUUGGUCUGGAGGGAUCUGAGGCCCGUUUAUCCAGGGGAUUUCCUUGUUAGUUUGAGCCUGGACUGGACCGAGAUGGAUAUUAACUUUUAGUAAAGCGUCUCGUCUGAAGUUUUUAGUAGGGGGUGCAUGAUGACGAUGACUCUUGUUGAUGUCAACUGUGGCAAAGGGCGUAGCGUUCGUGCCUGAGCAAGAUCAAAGCGUCUGGAGUCGUCCUCGUCGCGACCGCAAGCUAGGAUUGCAAGAGGAAGUUGGAGAGUAGAGUAGUUAGGCGAUCUCUGGUGAGUUGCAUCAUUGAUAUCGCAUCGCAAUUAUAGCCAAUUGACAGGUUGGCAGCCA